AUAGUUCCACUGGAAAUCUAUCCAUCUGAUAUGAAUCAUUACUAACAAAAUCAGUUGAUGGCCACAAAAGGAAUACAGCGAAACCGUGCACCUUGCUUUGCUUUUAUGGCAGUAAUUUUUGAGUUCAAACGGUGCGCAACGGUCGUACAUAUAAUUCGAUUGAAGGUCGCGAGAAGGCGCGACAAUCGCGUGAAGUACAAGAGCCAGCAAAACAUUAACAUCAAAAACCUCUGUAGCGCAGGUUCGCAACGUUGUUUCCGUUGAACGGACGAAAUUGUAGCUACAGUGAGUGUUUGUUGUGUGAGAAAUCUACAUUGUUUAAUGUUGUGUGUGUUAAGUGUAUAACAUGAUUGUUACGAAAUAUUAAUGAAUCCUUAUUGUUACCAACUCAAAUAAUAAACAAAUACAUGAACUAAUUAUAUCAAACAAUAAUAUCGAAAACCAUCGUGGAAAGAUUGAUAUAUGUGAGGUGCGUCGAAGGACAUCAUCAUCGAAUAGAAAAACGCAUUAAAGGAGCAGAACGCAUACGACAAAUGUCGAAUCGUAAUGAACUGCGCAACGACAUAGGUGUGGCGCGUAAAAGAGAGAGCGUACAUGCACGUAUACGUAGACAUACGUGCAAUACGAGCCCCCUUGGAAUGAAUGUAACCAAGAAUUGGAUUAACUUUCCCCAGUUACAUUUACGUUUAAGAAACCGAUCGAUUCUUUCAAUGCAGUAUCAACUAUAAUAAUCCGAUCCUACCAAGUUAAUCGUCUCUGCACUGUACCGCCGAGUUACAUUGGUAUUUAAGAUCAAGAUAAAUCCUGUGCUGAUCUCGGUGAAGUAAAUAUCACUGUUGGUAUUGAAAACACACCGUGUGGGUGCGUGUGCGUGAGCGUACUCGUGCCCGUGCCUGCGCCUAUGCGUCUCCGUUCGCCAAGUUGUGGUGAUCUUCGUAGAGGUGGCGGCGGCGGUGGUGGAGACAGUGAAGGUGGUGGCGGCGGCGGCGGCGGCGACGACGGUAGCAGCGGCAGCAGCGGUGGCGACAGUGAAGGAGACGGUGGAGGUGGUGGUGGUGGCGGCGGCGGCGGCGGCGGCGGCGGCGGUGGUGGCCGCGACAACGUUUGGAGGGAGAGAUUUCGUACGUCGUGACUGAGUGAGUGAGUGAGUUGGUGCGUGUGCGUGCUACCGCGCGUAUACGCUCUCUCUCAUUCUUGGGAUCGUUCGCGUGUGUGUUGUGUAUGUAUGUGUAUAUAUAUAUAUAUAUAUUGUCGCGCGCGCGCAUUAACGGAAUUCACGAUCAGCACGCAGGGACUCUCAACAAAUGUUUAAAUGGACGCAUCGUCCAUUAUCACCCAAGUGUCGCGGGAUGACGAGCUAGGCCAAUUUAAUAAUGGGAAAGAUGCUGGAUGGAAUCUGCACCUGUUACGGGACUGCACCUCGCUCCUCACCUUACCUCACCUAACUUCUCACCUCUCACCCCUCUACUCCUCCCUUCCACUGCUAUUCGCCUAUACUUCACUUCCGACGUCUCUUUUCCUCUCGCCCUCGUUUUUGCCUGGCCUCGCCUCGUUUUGCCUCGCCUCGCCUCUUCACAAAUCGUGUCUCCUAUCCUUCUCCCCCUCUUUUUCUUUCACCUAAGUUUCGCGUGUAACUUAUUGCAUCGUGUCGUACCCAUACCUUGCCGCCGUUUUAAUUCACUUAAUCCGAUUCGUUUACUCGAUGCUCAAAUAUUGCUUGGACGAAGCCAAACAAUGUUUAAAUUAAGAUAAAAUAAAAAUGUUCCUCUCCCAUUUCUUAAAACUGUCAAAAUACAUGCUUAUAGAAAUAUUCUACUACCCUAAAAAUGCUCAGUUACCACAAGAGAAUGAAGUGAACAACACCGGUUCAGCCAGUGGCAAAAAGCCAAGAGGGCGUGGGCUUCUGCGAUCUCUACUUUGUUGCCUCGGUAGAGGACGUGGAAGUAGUUCUAAAAGUUCAAAAACAAGCUCGUUACAAGGCGAUGGACAUGGUUCUCCAUCCCUAAGGACUGGAUCCCCAAGGUUCCUUCUCCCACCUGUCAGACAUCAGGAUAUGCACAAGAAGUGCAUGGUGAUUGAUUUGGAUGAAACACUAGUGCAUAGUUCUUUCAAACCAAUCAACAAUGCCGAUUUUGUUGUUCCUGUAGAGAUUGAUGGGACAGUGCAUCAAGUGUAUGUUUUAAAGAGGCCUUAUGUGGAUGAAUUCUUACAGAGAAUGGGUGAACUAUACGAGUGUGUAUUGUUCACAGCAAGUUUGGCUAAGUAUGCUGAUCCAGUCGCAGAUCUGCUUGACAGAUGGGGAGUGUUUAGAGCAAGACUGUUUAGAGAAUCUUGUGUUUAUCACAGAGGAAAUUAUGUUAAAGAUUUAAAUAAACUAGGGCGGGAUUUACAGCAAAUUAUUAUUGUUGAUAAUAGCCCCGCCAGUUACAUUUUCCAUCCAGAUAAUGCAGUACCAGUGGCAUCAUGGUUUGAUGAUAUGACAGAUUCAGAACUAUUAGAUCUAAUUCCAUUUUUCGAGAAGCUCAGUAAUGUGGAAAAUAUUUAUACAGUCUUGUGCAAUAGUAAUCAUCCUUAUAAUCAAGUACCUCCAGCUGUACAGAAUAGUCCAAGCCCAGGGUCAGGUUCACUUGGUGCUUCCUAGCCCUACCUAAAUUCUGGCCAAGUAGCCAGUAUUAUCAUCGCUCAAUGCACUCUGAGGAGAACUUUGAUUGGAAUAUUCCACAUUGCUUGUUUGUUAUGUAGCAAUGGACAACCAGGUAUGACCCACUAAGUGUUGGGUGUAUAAUGUAAGCAUACCUAUCAAAGAGUCAUCCAAAAGGAGGUGAAAAUUCUAAACCCUCCUGUAUUCAUUUUGACACAACAUGAAUCACAACUGCUUUAUCAUUGGCUUCAGUUCUUUUUCCUAAGAAAUAAUAAUAUGAUAUAACUGCUCACAGUAUAUCAGGUACAAUGAACUGAUCGUAUUUAUCUAAUUAUUAAGGUAUUUGAUGAAAGAUUAAAAAGUAGCUCAAUUGGUCAUAAACAAAUAACUCUUCCAAUCACAUUGACAUGGAAUAGAUUUCGAAUACAACUUAUUGGUUCCAUAAUGAAUUAAUGCGUGUUUCCGUGUUUGAUGUACUUGAGAAAAGGAGCAAAUGAUAACAAUGAAUGUAAAAAGUGAAUAUGCAUUUGAAAUCGAAUAAGUACAUGUACGUGAUUUAAAUUCAUGCAGAGUAUAUAAAAAAUUAUUUGCACGAGAGAAUAAAUCAAAGUGUAGUAUUAAGUAACACUGAGAGAAAAAAAAAUAGAUUACUUAAGAGUCUUUUGAUGGGCCGUUAUAAUUUUUCCCUCUGUAUAUUCCGAUUAUUUACCGUAGUUUUGCAUUGCUUUUAACCAUGUUAUGUGUGAAACUUCAAUGAGCAUUUCUUAUACAAUCAUAAAUAUUGUGCAAAGAAAUAAUUUUUAUACAAAUUUUAUGAGGCUGAUAAUUCCAAAUAGUUACGAAAAAUGAAAUUAAAUCAUGAAAUUUUCUUACUCUUUAUAAUUAGAAUUUGUUAGAAUUCAUUAAAAAUUUGUGUGUUUGAUUUUGCUUGAUCAAACAUAUAUUUUAUAAAUGAGGUUGAGAUAUAAAUCGGAAAUUUGGGGAUAUGAUGCAAAUAUAAAAAAAUUAUGUUUUAAUAAUUAGAUUGAGUGAAAAGUACAGAGAAAGAAAGAAUAUAUGUUGUUUUUAUUAUUUUCAUGCUAUUUUAACUUCAUUCCAAAGAAUAAUUAAAAAAAGACAAUGCAAUGGGAAUUGUAUAAGAUAAAAAAUCAAUAUAUAUUUGGAACAUUAGGUCAAUGCAUAUCAUUCUUUCCCUCCAGGCAGUUAUAUAAAUAAUGGAACAUUAUGUUAAUCAUUACAAUAUCAUUAACAAAUUAAAAUCAUUUAGAUGUAGUCCAUAAAGGAUGAAUAAGCAAACAAAUGUAUAUUUACACAUGUAAAUAUAUUUACUAACAGAUAGUUGUCAAUUUUGUACGCUUAAUUCGUGCAUAAGAAAUGUAUAGCUAGCAUUAUACUUUCAUAUCCAAUCAAACUGUCGUUACUUAUACUUUUUUAUUUUAUUCGUAUCGUUGCUAAUAUAUUUGUCAGUAUAAAUGA